GCGUCGCUACAACGGUUCUUUUUCAAUUUGGCUGUGAAACAACGAAGAACGUUCUUCCGAAACCGACCGAGAAGAAAGACAACGAAGAAAAGGAAAAGUGGUCGUCAAGCUAAAAAAAGAAAGAAAGUGCAACAGCUUUAGAAGUAAGAAAGAAGAAAGAGUAGCGCGAAAUCUAAUUAUAGAAAGAGAAGAUCUAAAAAUAAACAAUCGACAAACAUCGACAAACAAAAAAAAAGCCAAUCGGCGGCCAUCGGAGAAUAGAAGUAUCGGAAAGAGAGAGUCUUCGCAGGCUCUCCCGCAGCUGAUCCAACAACAACAAGAAGGACACGCCAAGCACCGCUAUGAGCGCCGAGGAGAGAAUCUAAGGAGAGUGACCAAAGCACACGCGAGAGAGUCCAAGAGAGAGAGAGUGCGAUCAAGUUUGAGUUCGACUCAAAUCGUAGCUCCCAAGCCAGUCGAGUUCCCCAGCUCCCAAAAGCGUUUCCAAUUCCAAGCCAGCCGCAACAAUCGGCGGAAUAUAAAUAUAUUCAAAAAUCGCAAAAAGAGAUAUAUAAACAUUAUAUAUAUAUCUCUGAUCCUGCGACGCGAUGCAACAACAACAAAAUACCGCAGCAAGAAACGCAGCAGCAGCGGCCAAAGUUCUCUACUUCCACGCCACUCCAAAGCACACCGAUAGUCGUCUAACGAUAACGCAAGGACACUAAUAUCGAUAAUAAUCGCUUCGCGUAAUUCGUACUCCUUUUUUUUUUGCACGUAUCCUAAUUUAAACCAAACCAAAAAAAAAACCCAAAAAAAACCUUAAACAUAAAUUUAAAAACUAAAAAAAAAAACGAACAACAAACCCACCAAAGAGGAAACCCUUAAAAAAAAGAAACAAGGAUAUAAUUAUUAUUAGUCGUUUUGUUUUGUUUUGUUUUUAAUUUUUUUUCGUCAAUUGAUUGUGAUUUUGAAACUGUGUGAUCGCAAAAGAAUUAAACUGCAAAUUAACAAAAAAGAAAGUUCCUUAAGCAAGUGAUAAUCCAAAAUAUAUAGAACUCUAAAGACAACGACACUAUAUACACUAUAUAUCUCUAUAUACCUUGAUCUGUAUCGAGUCGAGGACUACCAAGGAAACCCCAUAUAUCACACUAUAUAAAUAUAUAUAUAUAAUACCAGAAUAUAUUCCGUCAAAAGUCUGGUGAAAGAGCAGCAUGCAAAUAUGAUUUCCGUAGUGCCAACGUCCAAGAUCCUGCUAGUGCUGGCCACAUUUUUCGUAGUGCUGGCUUCCCUGAACCUAAUCAGUAAUUGGAUGCAGGUGGCACAGGUGGGGGCCAGUCCAGUUACCAUCACAGACUCCCGACGGGACACAAUCCCGAGAAGAUUCUGCGCCGAUAUGCUGGCCGAUGAAAUUAGUUUGGUCUGUGCCGGACAAUUUCUGUCCCUACGCGAUGCUUUUCCCAAUAGUUUUGGGAAUCGCAAUAAACGUCAAGGAACACCCGAUGGCUCCUUAACUCGCAAUUGUUGUAUUAACAAAUGCAGUUACGCCCAGCUCCGGCAGUACUGUGCCCCCUCAAGCGAAAAUUCCUGAAAAAAGGAUAACUAAUAUAUAAUAUAUCACAUCUACACACAUCUAUAUCCUUCUCAAGAAAACCUCAACAAAAAAAAACAACACAACACCACAAUUCCCAUUCAGUUUUCAUCAAUAAGCUCUAAAAAAAAAAAGAAAAGAAAAAAAAUCAAGCAGUCUCCCAUAGAGUCCACUAAGUUACAUUACUAAUUUAAACUAUACACUAACUAAAUUCUGUAAAAUAAUAAACAAAAUUAAUGAAAUGGA